AUGAUGACGUACAUUGUAUUUAUUUUGAGUAUUAUAUUUGUAAUUGGGUUUAUUAGUUUUUCUUCUAAGCCCUCUCCGAUUUAUGGUGGGUUAGGGUUAAUUGUGAGUGGUGGGGUUGGUUGUAUAAUUGUAUUAAGUUAUGGGGGAUCUUUCUUGGGUUUAAUAGUGUUUUUGAUUUAUUUAGGGGGGAUAAUGGUAGUCUUUGGUUAUACUACAGCGAUACCGACGGAGCAGUAUCCGGACGUCUGGGUGUCUAAUAAGACGGUACUAGGGGCUUUUACUUUUGGUUUGGUGGUGGAAAUAUUAAUAGUUGUUUAUGUAUUGAAAGGGGAAGAGGUCGAUUUUAUUUUUAAGUUUAAUGGAAUAGGAGAUUGAGUAAUUUAUGAUACAGGGGAUUCUGGAUUUUUUAGUGAAGAGGCUAUAGGAAUUGCUGCUUUAUACAGUUACGGUACUUGGUUGGUUAUCAUUACUGGAUGGUCGUUACUUAUUGGUGUAGUGGUUAUUAUAGAAAUUACACGGGGUAAUUAA